UCAUUCAAAAUAUUAAGUACUUAGUUAAUUAUAAUAUGCAUUACGCAUAGAGAGCACCAGAGCACCUCAUUACAUAACAAUACAACACCAAAACAAACUAUGACAUAACUUGGUAACAGCCUCCACAUAACUUUCUCCAAGCCGUUUCACUCUCGAAGUCUCGAGCGAAGGAGGUUAGUUAUCUGCCGAAAACCGUGCGAAUAUGUGCAUUUAUAUCUGACCAAAGAGUUUACAAAUCUAGAAAAAAGUAAAAAAUAAAUCGAAUGUGUUUCUAUUUUUAUUUAUAGUGUAUUUCCAGCCAGUGCUAAAACCUAAGUGCCGCCGUAAUGUGGUGGUUUAUUGUGAUAUUUGUGACAUGUCUAUUUUAUUACUCGUGGCAGCGAUUACGGUAUUUUUCGUCGAGAGGUGUUCGCACACUCCCGCCAUUUCCAUUUUUAGGUAAUCUGACAGCUGUCACAUUUGGGCGGGAAAAUUUCGUUGAUGCCAUUGCUGCAGGUUACAAUGCUUUUAAGGAUCAGAGAUACUUCGGCCUAUACCAGUACCACGUGCCGACGCUGAUCCCGCGCGACCCGGAGCUGGUGCGCCGCCUCGUGGUGCGCGACUUCGCCGCUUUCUGCGACCGCGGGGUGCACAUCCCGCCGGACUGCGACCCGCUGUUCGGACGCAACCUCAUCAUGCUGAGAGGUUCAAAAUGGCGGUCGAUGCGUGCGUCUCUAUCUCCCGCGUUUUCUGCCGCUCGAUCGCGCAGCAUGGCGCCGCUGAUGGCAGAAUGUGCCGCUGCAACCGUAGACUACCUGAGGGUCCAUGUGGGGACUGGCAAGGAGAUUGAUACUGACAAGAUAGUGACAGCAUACGUGAACGACGUGAUAGCGUCGUGUGCAUUCGGCUUCGCAGUGGAUUCCCUGCAAGACCCCACCAACUGCAUCUUCAGGCUCGGCCAGACUGCCGUGGUGCAGCAUACUACGCAAGUCAUGAAGUUCUUCGGAUAUGAAAACUUUCCGAGGUUUAUGAAGCUGCUUGGCGUGAAGAUCAUCUCGACGUCCGAUGCUGACAAGUUCGCUCAGCUGUUCAAGUCAGCCCUCAAGUCGCGUCGGGAGCAGCAGUCGCAGCCGCGACCUGACUUCAUACAGACGCUUGUCGACGCCGCUGAAGGAAAACUGAAGGAUAAGCAAGAGGACGCGAAUAACAAUGAGGAUUCGACAAAUUGGACUAAAAAAUUCUCCGACGACGACUUGGUCGCUCAGGCGGUAUUAUUCUACGUGGCCGGCUUCGACACGACUGCCAACUUGAUUAACUACUUCCUGUACGAAAUGGCGGUCAAUCCGGAGGUCCAGUGCAAGCUGUUGGCCGAAAUUGAUGAGGCUGAUAAAAGCGGCGAUCUGUAUGAAGCGGUCCAGGGGUUGCAGUAUCUGGAUAUGUGCGUUAAUGAGGUGCUACGUCUGUGGCCGCUAGUGGGGUCGGCUGACCGUAGAUCCGUGGCUCCUUACAACUUCGGACCCACGGCUCCAGGGAGCAAGCAUGAAUUAACUGCAGAAGCCGGCAUCCACGUGUGGCUACCCAUCUUCUCCAUCCACCGCGACGAGGCCUACUGGCCGAACCCCGACCAGUGCGACCCCGAACGAUUCUCCGCGGAGAGGAAGUCAGAGAUAGUCCCCUACACUUACAUGCCGUUCGGAAACGGCCCACGGCAUUGUAUUGGGUCCCGUUUCGCAGUGCUGGCUGCGAAGGUGUUUCUUGUGCGGAUCCUGAGCGGUUUCCGAGUGCGGCCGGGCGACAAGACGCCGCGGUCGCAACGCCUGCACCCGAUAGCGUUUAUACUGCGGCCCGCUGACGGCUUCCAUCUUGUUGUUGAACCUAGGGAUUCUUAGUUAUGUUAUUGUAGUUGAAAAUGUUAUUAAAAAUACCAAAUAAACUUCUUAUAACCUG